AUGAAGUUUAUUCAGAGCGGGCAAAGCAUCACUCUGAACUGUCCUUUUGCGACUUUUGAUGCAGUAACAACUGCAUGGCUCAAACAGACUCCAGGAGAAAAGCUUCUUCUCAUUGCUGCUGCCUUUCGUGCUACACCAGUCAAAUAUCAUAAUGGUUUCAACAAGAGCGGCCGCUUUAAUGCAUCAAGAGAAAAAAGCAGUUUUACUCUGAGUAUCUCAAAUGCAGAACCAUCUGAUUCAGCUACAUAUUACUGUUCAGUCGCAGAUUUUUCAGACACUGCAUUAUUAGGCUGUACAGUUUUAGUCCUCAAAGGUUCAUCUUCAAGUCUCUCUGCUGUUCUCCAGCCUCCUGUAUCAGAUCCUGUUGAACUGGGAGGAGAUACAACUUUGCAGUGUUCAAUACUCACAGAUACGUCUGCAGGAGAACACAGUGUGUACUGGUUCAGACAUGGAUCAGGAGAAUCUCAUCCAGGAAUCAUUUACACUCAUGGAAACAGGAGUGAUGAGUGUAAGAAAAGCUCUGAGACUGAUUCUCCUACACAGAGCUGUGUCUACAAACUCCCCAAGAGAAACCUCAGCCUCUCUGAUGCUGGAACUUACUACUGUGCUGUGCUCACGUGUGGAGAGAUCAUCUUUGGGAACGGAACUAAGCUGGACUUUGUAGAGUAG